AUGGCCGCCGCCGCCGGGAGCGGGGCGGGCACCGGGACCGGGACCAAGCGGCCCCGCUGCGAGGCCGCCCCGCGCAUCGGCACCCACGAUGGCACCUUCCACUGCGACGAGGCGCUCGCCUGUUACCUGCUGCGCCUGCUGCCGCAGUACCGGGACGCCGAGGUGAUCCGCACGCGGGACCCGCAGCGCCUGGCGCAGUGCGACGUCGUGGUGGACGUGGGCGGCGAGUACGACCCCGCCAGGCACCGCUACGACCAUCACCAGAGGUCCUUCACGCAGUCCAUGCGCUGCCUGCGCCCCGACAAGCCCUGGAGCACCAAGCUGAGCAGCGCCGGGCUCGUCUACUGCCACUUCGGCACCCAGAUCCUGAGCAGCCUCCUGGGGCAGCCCGAGGACGGGCCCGUGGUCACCACGCUCUACGACAAGCUCUAUGAGAACUUUGUGGAGGAGAUCGACGCGGUGGACAACGGCAUCGCGCAGCGCGACGGCGAGGCGCGCUAUGCCGUCACCACCACGCUGAGCGCCCGCGUGGGCCGCCUCAACCCGCGCUGGAACGACGCCGAGCAGGACACGGAGGCCGGGUUCCGGCGGGCCAUGGAGCUGGCGGGCAGCGAGUUCCUGGAGCGCCUCGACUACUACCACCGCGCGUGGCUGCCCGCGCGCGCGCUCGUCGAGGACGCCGUGCGCCGGCGCUUCCAGGUGGACGCGAGCGGGGCGGUGCUGGAGCUGCCGCAGGGCGGCUGCCCCUGGAAGGAGCACGUGCUGAGCCUGGAGCGGGAGCUGGCGCUGCCCCGCGCGCUGCUGCUCGUGCUCUACCCCGACACGAGCGGGCAGUGGCGCGUGCAGAGCGUCCCCGCUGGGCCCGACACCUUCGAGAGCCGCCUUCCCCUGCCGGAGCCGUGGCGGGGCGAGCGCGACGAGGCGCUGAGCCAGCUCACCGGCAUCCCCGGCUGCGUCUUCGUCCACGCCAGCGGCUUCGUGGGUGGCCACCGCACGCGGGACGGGGCGCUGGCCAUGGCGCGGCGGGCGCUGGAGCUGCAGAACCACCACGACCCGCGAUGACCCGCUCAGCGCGUGAGCCUCCGGGCUGUCCUUCCUCCGGCGGUGCCGCCACGACCCGCUCAGCGUGCGAGCCUCCGGGCUGCCCUUGGGCACUGAGUGGCACCGCCACGACCCGCUCAGCGCGUGAGCCUCUGCGCAGCCCUUUGCCAGGCGGCGCUUGCUGCAAUUCCAGUAAAACCUGCAGG